AUCAACAGCCGCCAUCUUGUCGCGGAUGAGCGUCAGGAUUUCGGGAGAGCAUAUAUUAUUUUUUACGCACCCUGCUCCAUCAGAACCGGGCCUAAUAGCUUCCCCGCGACGGAAACGACAAGCUUCGGGCCGAAUCGCGGAUCUUUGUGGCGAAUAUUAGCGUAAUGGAGCCGUUUUUGUGGUCGGCUGGAAAACCCCCGUAUAUCUGAUUUCCCCCUUCAGCGCGAGCGGCGCUCCUGUGCCACUCGCCUAUAUUAAAACUGAAUUAUUAGCUCUCAUUUUUCAUUUAUAUUUUCGGACUUCCCUGAUUAUUCGCUUCGGGCUGGACAUGGAGCUUGAAGGUCUUUAUUUUUCUUCGCAGAAACUAGCAUUUUUGAACCGAGCCACUUGAAGGAACCGGGAUUGAGGAUUUUUCUCCCCUCGUCGUUUGUUUUUCGAUUUUUAACGAUGGUAUAAUUUAUUUCCGUGGGGUUUGGGGUGAUCAUUAAGGUUAAUUAUGCGGGUUUUGGGUGUUGGAUUAUCAUGGGGUGAAUGGCGGUGGCGGAGCGGGGCGCUGUUGAGUCGCGUUUGAGCCCCAUCUGUUAAUUAUUGGCCCUUGAUCGCUGAAUAAUAAUAGAAAAACCCGAGGGUUGAUUUGAUUUAUUUCGCUUUGUCCCCCCUCCCGGGCUCUUGGAAGACGCAUUUAUUGCUUUGCCGUGUUUUUUUGUGAAGCGAGAGAGCACGAUGGCUGAUAAUCUGCUGGAUAUGGGUCCCUCCAGCGCAAAGCGGCCCAAACUCAACUCACCUGCGCUGUCCUCCUCCGACACUCCAGACUUUGUGUCCUUGUUUGACUUGGAAAACGAUCUUCCAGAUGAGUUGAUACCCAACGGAGACCUGGGGCUGAUGUCCAUGCCCUCUAAUGGAGACGGAGGGGUGGGGAGCCGGAUGGGGGGCACCGUCCAGGACGCUGCUGCCAAGCACAGGCAGCUGUCCCAGCUCCUGCAGGCAGGGAGCGGCUCUGGUCUGGCUGGAAACCUCAGCCCUCAGUCUGGAAUGGGUGGCCAACUGGGUGCCUUGGGGAAGAGUCCCAUGGGCCAGGGCUCACCCGGUCACCAGACCCAACCGCCAAAGCCGGUUGGCAACCCUACCGGUCAGGGCAACAUCAGUCCGGGUAUGGGCCUCAGUGCAGGUUUCAACCCAGCCAUGCUGAACAAUAACAACCAGUCUCAUGGACUCAUGGGGCAGAACAUGGCUCCGCAGGGGCAGAUGAUGAAUGGCGUGAUGGGGCCGGCCGGAAGAGGCAGGGCAGCUCCGGGGAUGCAGUACCAGGGUCAGGCCAUGCAGGCAGCACCGGGUGCCGGGCAAGGGGUCAGCGUUUCUGGCAGCGUAUUGGCGGAGACACUUACCCAGGGUGCACCACAGAUGGGGGCACACAAUGCCAUCAAUCCCCAGCAAGCGGGAAACAUGAACAAGAUGGGUCUUGCAACCGCUAACGGCCCGUUCGGGCAGCAGUACGCACAGGGUUCGGUCCAGCAGAUGUCCGGCGCUGGGUUAAACGCUCAGAUCCAGAACAAGGCAGCUCUUCCCAACAGCCUCCAGCCCACCCUGAAGGGUGCUUCCAGCGUGCCAAAUCUGCUGCAGCAGCAGGUGCCCUCGGUGGGCAUGGUCCCGGGACAGGGGGUGUCGGCGGGCCCCACGGCCGACCCGGAGAAGCGCAAACUGAUCCAGCAGCAGCUGGUCCUGCUGCUUCAUGCCCACAAGUGCCAGCGGCGAGAGCAGGCCAAUGGCGAGGUCCGCGCCUGCGCCCUGCCCCACUGCCGCACCAUGAAGAACGUCCUCAACCACAUGACCCACUGCCAGGCGGGGAAGUCCUGCCAAGUGGCUCACUGCGCCUCCUCUAGACAGAUCAUCUCGCACUGGAAGAACUGCACCCGGCACGACUGCCCCGUCUGUCUGCCCCUGAAAAAUGCCAGUGACAAGAGAAACCAGCAGCCGAUGCUGAGCUCUCCUAACACUGGCAUGCAGGCUCCGCUGGGCCCUGUAGGCACGAGUCAACCCACUACGCCCGCCAUCAGCAGCGGCACGCACAUAGACCCCAGCUCUAUGCAGCGGGCGUACGCCGCACUCGGCCUCCCGUACGGGAACCAGCCAGCUGCGCAGACACAGGUCGCAGGACAGCAGCCCACGCAGACCCAGCAGCAGCAGAUGCGCUCCAUGCCUGCACUAGGCACUAACCAGAUGAACAUCGGCGGUAAUGGUAUGGCCGAUCAGACGAACCUUCACACUGAUUCCUCUCUCCCCUUAUCACUCAACAAUCAGAUGAUGCCAGACGGGUUGAACUUGGGCGGCACGGGGAACCUGCCCACAGCUGCGCCGCUGUCAAUGCCUGGCAUGAAGAAGCCCUGGCACGAGCACGUCACUCAGGACUUGAGGAAUCACCUAGUGCACAAGCUAGUUCAAGCCAUAUUCCCGACCCCAGACCCUGCAGCACUGAAGGACAGACGCAUGGAGAACUUGGUCGCUUAUGCGCGUAAGGUGGAAGGGGACAUGUACGAGUCUGCCAACAGCAGGGAUGAGUAUUACCACUUUCUGGCUGAGAAGAUCUAUAAGAUCCAGAAGGAGCUGGAGGAGAAGAGAAAGUCCAGGCUGUCGAAGCCCCAAAUGGGCGCUCCGGGUCCUCAGCAGCCUGGCCUUCCCCAGCCCAACACUAUAGGACCUGGACAAGCCAUCCGGCCUCCGAAUGGACCUGUUCCUAUGUCCAAUGUGCCAAAUCAGUUGAUGGCCCGGAUGCAGGUCCCUCAAGGGAUGGGCCAGUUCAACCCCGUGACCAUGCAGAUGUCCCAGUCACCGGUGGGAGCUCCUCGGGCUGCGUCCCCUAUGGCCCACCCCCCUCAGAUGGGCAUGGGUACCGUUCCAGUGAUGAGUAUGUCUCCCUCCAGGUUGCCGCAGGCACCAACAAUGAUGGGAGGCCAUGCUAGCAACAUGGUGGGCCAGACGCCCAACCAGAACCAGUUCAUGAACCAGACGCCGUUCCCUGCCUCAGCCGGGGGCAUGAAUGUGAAUGUAAACCUGGCUCAGCAGUCGGGACAGACUGUCCCACAGCAGCAGCCGAACACUAACCUGACCCUGAAUCCCGUGGGCCCUCUGGGCACCCCGUCCACCCUGUGCUCCACCCCUCCUCCGCCCUCUGCCUCCACCCCGUCAGCUGCCGCACUCCAGACCCAGCCUUCCACGCCGGCCUCAGCCGGGGGCCACGUCACGCCCACCCACAUCCCCAGCGGCUUGCCCCGCCCUCCCUCAGCCCUGGGCUCCUCCCCCGCCCACUCCCAGCCGCUCACGCCCCUGCAGCCCCAUCCUGAGCCCCCCCUGCAGAUGCAGCAGCCCACCUCUGUGCAAGCGCAGCAGCCCAGCACUCCGCUCUCUCAGAUGGCUGCUAGUGUUGAUAAUAGAGUUCCUACGCCAGCAUCCGUGGCCGAGACCCACUCCCAGCAAGCUUUGCCCCCCGACUACCCUGCUGCUGAACACAAAACUGAGCAUCAAGAAGACGAGCAGGACUUUGAAUCUGGGAAAAAGAGACCCAAUGUCAAGAUGGAGGAUGAAGAUGUUAAACCUUCUCAAGUAAAAGAGCAGCCAGAGUCUGUAGAACCUAAACAAGAACCGAUGGAGACGGAGGAGAAGAAACCAGAGAUAAAGACAGAGCCGAAAGAGGAGGACGUGUCCAGCACCAACAGCACCACACCAUCCGGUCAAUCCGCCCAGUCACGCAAGAAAAUUUUCAAGCCGGAGGAGCUCAGACAGGCGCUGAUGCCUACAUUAGAAGCUUUGUAUCGUCAAGACCCAGAGUCCUUGCCCUUCCGCCAGCCGGUGGAUCCCACUCUCCUGGGCAUCCCGGACUACUUUGACAUUGUAAAGAACCCAAUCGAUCUUUCCACCAUCAAGAGGAAGCUGGACACUGGGCAGUACCAGGAGCCCUGGCAGUAUGUUGACGACAUCUGGCUGAUGUUCAACAACGCCUGGCUCUACAACCGCAAAACAUCUCGAGUGUACAAGUACUGCUCGAAGCUGUCCGAGGUGUUCGAGCAGGAAAUUGACCCAGUCAUGCAAAGUCUGGGAUACUGCUGUGGGCGCAAGAACGAGUUUUCACCUCAGACGCUUUGCUGCUAUGGCAAACAGCUCUGUACUAUCUCCAGAGACGGCACAUAUUAUAGCUACCAAAACAGGUAUCACUUCUGCGAGAAGUGCUUCAACGAGAUUCAGGGCGACAGUGUCACCCUGGGAGACGACCCAGCCCAGCCGCAGACGUACGUAUCUUCUGCCGCCCAGAAGGCUUUAAGUAUGAUAUCAAAGGAGCAGUUUGAGAAGAAAAAAAAUGACAUGUUGGACCCUGAGCCCUUUGUUGAAUGUAAAGACUGUGGCCGGAAGAUGCAUCAAAUCUGCGUACUACAUUAUGACGUCAUCUGGCCAUCAGGUUUCAUCUGUGACAACUGCCUGAAGAAGUCAGGGAAAACAAGAAAGGAAAACAAGUUUUCUGCUAAAAGGUUACAGUGCACGAGACUGGGCUCGUACAUCGAGGACCGAGUGAACAAGUACUUGAAGAGGCAGAAUCACCCUGAGGCCGGAGAGGUGUUUGUACGGGUGGUCGCCAGCUCUGAUAAGACCGUGGAGAUCAAACCUGGGAUGAAAUCCAGGUUUGUUGACUCGGGAGAGAUGGUAGAAAGCUUUCCCUACAGAACCAAAGCACUUUUUGCGUUUGAAGAGAUCGAUGGAGCGGAUGUGUGUUUCUUCGGCAUGCAUGUCCAAGAAUAUGGAUCUGAUUGUCCUUUUCCUAACACCAGACGGGUAUACAUAUCAUAUCUUGACAGUAUUCACUUCUUCAAACCUCGCCUGCUAAGAACUGCAGUUUACCAUGAAAUUCUCAUUGGUUAUUUGGAGUAUGUUAAGAAACUAGGGUAUGUGACUGGUCAUAUCUGGGCUUGCCCACCUAGUGAAGGCGAUGACUACAUCUUCCAUUGUCACCCUCCUGAUCAGAAGAUUCCCAAGCCUAAAAGACUGCAGGAGUGGUACCGCAAAAUGCUGGACAAAGCCUUUGCAGAAAGAAUCAUCCAUGACUACAAGGACAUAUUUAAACAGGCCACAGAGGACCGGCUUACAAGUGCCUAUGAGCUGCCCUAUUUUGAGGGUGAUUUUUGGCCCAAUGUUUUGGAGGAAAGCAUCAAGGAGCUGCAGCAAGAGGAGGAGGAGAGGAAGAAGGAGGAGAAUACAGCCUCCUCUGAGACAAUAGAGGGAACCCAAGCUGACAGCAAGAACGCCAAAAAGAAGAACAACAAAAAGACCAACAAAAAUAAGAGCAGCAUGAGCCGCGCAAACAAAAAGAAGCCUGGGAUGCCGAAUGUAGCUAAUGAUCUGUCCCAGAAGCUAUAUGCAACAAUGGAGAAGCACAAAGAGGUCUUCUUCGUGAUCCACCUGCAUGCUGGUCCAGUGAUCAAUACCUUGCCUCCGAUAAUGGAUCCUGACCCAAUGCUGACCUGCGAUCUGAUGGACGGCCGUGAUGCCUUCCUAACACUAGCCAGGGACAAACACUGGGAGUUCAGUUCCCUACGCCGCUGCAAAUGGAGCAGUAUGUGCAUGCUGGUGGAGCUUCACAAUCAGGGCCAAGACCGAUUUGUGUACACUUGCAACGAAUGCAAGCACCACGUUGAGACACGCUGGCAUUGCACCGUUUGCGAGGACUUUGAUCUAUGCAUUAACUGCUACAACUCCAAGGGCCAUGAGCACCAAAUGGUGAAGUGGGGUUUGGGCCUGGACGACGACAGCAACCAGGGUGGCGAGGCCAACAAGAGCCCACAGGAGAGUCGACGCCUCAGCAUCCAACGCUGCAUCCAGUCGCUGGUGCAUGCCUGCCAGUGCCGCAACGCCAACUGCUCUCUGCCAUCUUGUCAGAAGAUGAAGAGAGUGGUGCAGCACACCAAGGGCUGCAAGCGCAAGACCAACGGAGGCUGCCCCGUUUGCAAACAACUCAUCGCGUUGUGCUGCUACCAUGCCAAGCACUGCCAGGAAAACAAGUGCCCCGUGCCCUUCUGUCUCAAUAUCAAGCACAAGCUGCGGCAGCAGCAGAUUCAGCAGCGGCUGCAGCAGGCACAGAUGAUGCGCCGGCGCAUGGCGCUCAUGCAGGGCAGAGGAAUGCCACCCAGUCUGCCCUCCCCAACUACCUCAGGAGGUCCGGGAACGCCCAACUCUCAGCAGCUGCAGCAGCCUAAUACGCCUCAGACCUCGCAGGCAUUAGCCAACCAGCCCCAGCAGACGCAUCCAAAUGUGGCUGCAAUGGUGCAACCCUUCCCCAACCAACCGCCUACGCCCGGGUCGCAGGGUAAGUCAGGCCCGCAGUCCUCGCCUCUGCCCCAGCAGCAGUCCCCCCUGCCCAUGCCGCCUCAACAGCAGCCGCAGCCCUCUCCGCAGCAGCAGCAGGCUUUGAAGGUUGCGAAACAAAUAGAGAUGAUGACCAAAGUUCAGCAACAGCAACAACAACAGCAGCAGCAACAACAACAACAGCAGCAGCAGCAGCAAGACUACAGGAUGAGUGUGAAUGGCAUGCAGAUGAACCAACCUCGCAUGAUGACUCCCAUGCAGAUGAUGGCCCCUCGUGGUCCUCAGAUGGUUCAGAACAUGCAGCCUGGCCAGUGGCCAGCUGGGAUGCAAGGGUCCAUGCAGAAUCCGCAGGCACCUCCGACGCAGCAAGUGCCGCCGCAGCAGAUGACCAUGGCCCCGCAGCAGUCUCAGGUAGUGCAGACGCCACAACAGGCACAAAUGAUGCAGCGCGCUAUGAUGCAGCAACAGCAGCAGCCGCGGCAGAUGCAGGCUGUCAUGCCUCCCCAGCAGGCACAACCACAGGCCCCGCAGCAGCAAGGCAUGCAGCAAAGAGUGGUGGCCAGCAGCAUCGCUCCAGGAGCGCUGCAGGACCUGCUGCGCACAUUAAAAUCACCAAGUUCCCCUCAGCAGCAGCAGCAGGUCCUCAACAUCCUCAAAUCGAACCCGCAUCUCAUGGCAGCAUUUAUCAAACAGCGGACAGCGAAGUACCAAGCAAGCCAACCACAGCAGCAGAACCCGCAGGCCAUGCUCGCAGCUCAGCCGGGAAUGCAGAACAUGGCUGCGAUGCAAACCGGCCCCGUGCAGAGACCCGUCAUGCCGCCUCAGCAGCCGCAACCGGCCGCAACCCAAGCCAUGGCCGCUCUCGGAUCCCAGGGACAGAUGAUGAACGCUGCACACAACGGAAACCAGCAGCUGUUCCGCCGGCAACUAAUGCGCAUGCAGCAGCAACAGCAACAACAGGGAGCAAUGCCUCCAGGACAAGGGAGAUUCCCACAACCUCAAGGCGCGGCCAGUUACUCGCAAAUCCGCAUGCAGCAGCAGAUGGCCAUGCAGGGAGGCGCUGGGCCCAUGGGUCAGAUGCCGCCCAUGGCUCAGAUGGGGCAGCCUGGCAUGGGCAUGGACGCCCAGCAGAACAUGCUGCAACAGCGCAUGCUGCAGCAGCAGCAGCAGAUGCUGAAGCAGCAAAUGGGAUCGCCGGCUCAGGCUGCUUCCAUGAGUCCCCAACACCACAUGCUUGCAGGACAGCCGCAGGGAGCUCACUUGCCCGGACAGGCCAUGGCCAAUGCGCUGGGCAACCAAGUGAGGUCGCCUGCACCCGUGCAAUCGCCCCGCCCCCCGUCCCAACAGCCGCCACAUUCCAGCCCGUCCCCGCGCAUGCAGCCCCAGCCCUCGCCCCUGCACUCCGGCGCGUCCCACCCCAGCCUGGCGGGACCCAUGCCGGGCCCCAUGGACCAGGCUCACCUGUGCACACCCGAACAGAGUGCAAUGCUUCCGCAACUGAACACGCCAAACCGUGGAGGGCUUCCCAACGAGAUGAGUAUGGUUGGGGACACAUCGGGAGACACGUUAGAGAAGUUCGUCGAGGGAUUGUAGCAUUAAGUGACGUUCUUCUUGAGGAGAGAGGUGUGUUUUCUACACAGGAAAUUAGAGAAGGCGACAAAAUGAACUGUAAUAGGUUUACACAACCAAUGGACUUUUUCUUCCCUGUUGGAGGGAUUGAAAUUACUGUUUAAAGAGCAGAAUCACAAAGGGUAUUUUUCUGGGAGGGUUGUCGGACCGGCCGAAAUGCAGUCCUGGUCUACGAGUUACAUUUUUAAUUGUUUUGUUUUUUUUCAAGGAGGGGGUUAUUUUGAGCAUAUGGACUUUUUAAAUGGAAUUUCUCAAGGCAAAAUAUUUGAUUUUAUUAUUGAGGAUUUUCGUUUUGUAUGUUUGCAAACUGAAAUGCGUUUUUUUUUUUUUUUGAGUGUGUGUGCGUGUGUUUAGGGACUGUAAGAUACUCGGUGUGGAAUUAGGAUCAGGAGCAAUCCUCAUUCCUGUCUGAUACGUUUUCACAUUUACCAGGUUUGGAAAAGGACGCGCCGCCUUUUUCUCUCCAAACUGUGGAGUUUGUACAGAGGACCUGUAUUCAUUUGUACAGAAAGGAGCUUGGCUACUGCACACACACACACACAUGCGAACACACACGAACACGCAAGCAAAUUGUGAAAGUUGCUCUUAUUUUUCAAGGUGCCCAAAUGCGUUAAUUUAUUGGCCUGGAUUCAGUAGUUGUCUCUUAAGAUAUAGGAAGAUGUUCCUGUUUUUCCUCGUUUGAUCUCUGAAACAUCAAUGAUGUCCCCUCCACCUCGCGUAUGAGGCCGGAGCUUCGUCUGACUGCUGAUUUGUUCAAAGAGUUCUUCAGUCAACCUCUUUUGUUUUUCUCCUCAUGAAACUUGAAUUGAAGGUGAACGAUUCUUUAAUGUAAAUCAUGCAGCUUGAUGACAUACUGUAAAUAAAAGGAAAAAAGAUUGAGAUCGCUGUAUAAACUGGUUAAGAACUUGUUUCGUACUUAUAUACCAUAUUGUUAAAUAAACUGUGUGCAACAGA